UAUUUGAUACAAUUCCAGAUUUCAAAUUGACACUACCGAAAUGUUAGUGACAUAAAUCCAUUCAAACUCAGUUCCAGUUCAGUUUGUAUUAUUCACAAGAGUAAUUUCCGUUUUAUGCUUCUUAUUUUCGAAACCCUGUCAAAAACUGCUGAAAAAUGUCCGUUGUGAAACCCCUAUUUUCGAAUCAAAAAGCCUCACUUGCCUGUUACAAUCCCCCCAAAGGAAAACCACUCAGUAGGAAAAACGUGAGAAGAAUUGGCGUUAGAGAUGUACCACGAUUGUAUUCUCUGAGGAAUUCUAUAACUGAUAAGCUGUUCGGUGAUGCUGAUAUUUAUGACAUAGUGUACAAUUCUUGUUUGUCUCUCGGAGUAGAAGAUGAUGGUAAAUUAGUAGGAGCAGUAUGUUUGAACGAUUAUCCAAAUGUGAAGUCACUGCCUAGGUGGUCUUGGGACGGAUGGCUGAAAAGCAUGUUUAGUAUAGAAACGAUGACGACUGUAAAUUCGAAAUGGAUUCAGCUAUUACUAUUCGACGUCAGUUAUAUGGCGAGCUUUUUGACGCCCUUAAUGGAGGUACUAUUUUUAGAACACAGAAAAAUAAGAUAUGUUGCUCUUGCCAUACCGCCUGGCAUACCGAUGACCACCUACCUGACCGAACAUUCGACAAGGAUACCACCAAAAGAUUGUUUUGCCCUUCAAUCAACAACAUCAUUGGGUCUACUGGUGAAGAAAGACUUCUUCAAGCAGUAUAGAAUACGAAGAGCUGUGGAAGAAGAUAACGACGACAUAACUGAAAUCCUACAUAGAUACUCAAGCACAUUUAAAAAAUUAUACGGGGAAUACUUCAUUUCUGAACUGCUGACGAGGGUUGAAGGUACCUCUAGACAUAUAAUAGUUGCUGAAUUCAACGGUUACGCGGUGGCAGUUAUGAUACUGAAUAAGACCGUCAAUUACAACGUUCUUAACGAAUCCUUCGAGGUUGGACCGUUUCAUUCCUUCAAAACACCCCAUGAGGACGACGAGUACAUGCUGCCAACGGAAACGUAUAGGUCCUUUGUAGAUUUCAUGGAAGAGUCCAGUAUGGUGCUGCAUCCAUUCGAUCGGGCUUCCGUAUCUUCCGAAGAGCCAGAAUACGAGCCGCCGCGGUCUGAAAGCGGCUCCAUCGGUGAUUUUUACUCCAGUUCGGAAAGUAGCGAAGAAUCGUGGACGAUAGAUCCUUCGAUCGAUCUGUCUCUGAUGCUGAUCCACAGGGAAGAUUCCGUGUUCGAUUUCAACGAUUACUACACGAUACAGAGCCACACCAGUCUACUUUCCACCUGUUUGUUGAAUACGGAUGACUACGCGAGGCCCAGUCAACAGCAAGGAAGAAGGUCCAAGGGUUCCUCGUCCACAGAGUUCAAACCCGCGGUUCAAGACAUGUUAAGAAAAACCAUGAACAUUCCCGGAUUCUACGGUAGAGAAGACGCGUUCGCUCUAGAAGUCCUCGCAGCUCAUCCAGACUACGAAUCAUCGAAGGAAAUCUUACUGGAGUCGGCUUUCGAAUGUUUUCCUGACAGGAGCUACUGUUUGAUGUGCCUGCCGUCGAUAGAACCACCGGUCGAUUUUCUCAAAGAAUUUGUCAGGGUAACACCAAGAAGCAUCAGCACCUUUCCUCAUGAGCUUUUCGUGCGACAUCGGAACACCAUGGAUUGUGCUAUGUACGUCAGACUUUGCGUUGCGGAAGAUACCCCUUACGUGGAGGAAUUUCUGAAUCAGAUGCUCAAAACUGAAGGUGUUUUCGAGCAAUACGAAGAAUCUGUUAUAGAGGAGGAUAGCAGAUACGUAUCCCUGAUCAUGACCUGUGAAAAACAAAUCGUAGGAUUAGCCAUAAUAAGUCAAAAGGUGGACACGAACUACCUCUACGCUCAUUUCACCCUGUACAAAUGGACGGACGAAGCCAAACACGGACCCGGCACCCUAGCCAUGCUAGAAAACUUCCUGAUCUACCCGGUGUUCCAAAAAUACUGCAGGUACUUCCUCAACGAGAUACUGAGACUGGCCGAUUUCUCACUCCUGGUCUAUCUGGUGACGCCCGAGGACCUGGACGAAGUGAUCAAAGACCGUCCCCUGCUCAACUGCCUCCAGUACCUCGUGCCAGUGGCGCCGAGACGUAUGCCCGUCUACGAUCCCGAUUACAUAGAAGAGGCAUGUCUUCCCCCAACCUACGUCACGGAUCCUGGUACAGUCCUUUCGCUCUUCAUCGCCUCCACCCGAUUGUCAGGAGUCAAGAGGGUGGAAAUUAAUACUCGGAUAGUGGUCGUUGGCAGUGGGGAUACCGCCUUGGCCUUUUUGGAAACGCUGGUCUUUGGUUCUGACCCCGACUUGCUGGUGAUAUUCAACAAUAUAACCGUUGUAUCUCCACAUGGUUUGCCCUUCUACAAGGAAGUCUCCAAGGGAAGAACCCUUUUCCAAAUAAACAGGGGAAAUACAGUCUACCGUCUAAUCCUGAACAUGAACCUACGAAUAUAUGUGAACACGGUGCAUGGCGUGGUAAACAGGAUCAAGAGGAAAAAGAAAAUGAUCAUCGUCAACGACAUGACGAGUCUGUACUACGACUACCUAGUUUUAUUUUGCGGGGAACAAUACAAGGUGCCCAAACUGGAAUUCAAAGCUCGGAAGAAAUUCUCCGAUUUUCCGGACAACGCGUUCAUGAUCAAUACCGACAACGACAUUGUUCAGGUGUUCAACAAGAUUCGAAGGCAAAAGAGGGAUUUUAUGGACUGGCGUAGGAUGGGGGAUGAGCGAAUCAUCAUAUACGGCAAAGACAUGAGAGCCAUCGCUUGUCUGGGAGCUCUUGUGGAAUACGGAAUACCAUCGUCCCUCCUGGUACUCGUUGAACCGACCGUCGGCGAACACAUCACCAGCGAAUAUGCGAAAAAUCCCAAUUUCGAUUUUCCCGAUCCAGAAAUAUCCGAGGCGAUCGACAGGCUCAUCAUGAAGCUGGGCGUGAAACUGUACAGGGGAUACAAGCUGCGCGACUGGGUAAUCAGCGACGAUAAUAAAAUAACCCACAUCGAGAUCUACUCGAAAUCGACGUCCCGGAAACUGAAGUGUAAAUUCGUCUUCUUGUACGCUGAGAAGAGCAUAAGCUACAAGACCUAUCAGGCCAUUUAUAAGGCUGGAUUGGUGUUCGACGGUAAACUGGUGAUAGACUCCAACUUCUGCACGAAUGACCCCUACAUCUUCGCGGCCGGUUCCUUGACCCAAUAUUCGAAAAAGUACCACGCCGACCACAUGAGUCACAGAUACUACAACGCCCACGAAGUUGGAUCGACUAUAGGACGUCAGUUUCGCAACAUGCUCAUCCCAGAGAGCCUCAGAAAAUUCGAAAGGGGAUCGUCGAGACAUCUGCCGAAACAGAUCGGUUCCUUGCCGCGGUUCCACGAGCCGAUAGUCGAGCAUUGUCUCUUGCCCGGAGGUGUUUUCUACUUGAACGUCACGGCACCUGGAAGGCACAUCCCUGUAGAGAUAGAGAUGACAUCGGAUGAUUAUGGCCAACUUCUUGUGACUGGUGAUUACGAACACUUGGAGAGGCAAGGGUACUUCAGACUUCACAUCAAUCGACUGAACACUGUAGAAACUAUAAGUUGCCUCAGUAAACAGCCUUUGGAUGUCGAAAAUUUGGUGAGUUUAUGGGGUAAAAACGUUACUGUGUUGAAUGAUCUGUUGGUAAGAUUCGAAAUGGGCGUUAUAAACGAUUUCUUCGAGUUCUUCAAGGAGCCCUGGCUCUGCGGUAUCGUUUACGAUAAGUUCCCUCAGCUUUUGGAUGAGGUCAGGGAGUUGUUCCUGAAUGAAGAGGUUGAAGAUGACAAAACUAUGGUUGAAAUAGUGACUGAGUACUUCGAGACAAAUAAAUGGGGCAUUCUAACUGAACGGCAAAACUAUGAAAUAAGCUGCAUACUUAGAGACAGUACGGUCAUAAAUGAGAUCGAAGAAAAAGUACUCGAAUACAUCCAGAAGAACAGGAUUCAUCUGCCCAUGUUUGCUUACCCAAGUUUAAUUCAAAGGUUAUUAGAGAAUCACACGAAGAGUCCCAUGUUCACCAAGUGAAAUACCUAAAUAUACUUAGAUUGUCAGGUUUUAAUAAGGUGUAUUAGCCAUUUUUUGUAUUUAUCCCGUGUUCAAAAUAGUAUAUGCAACAUCCAAAUAAAGUGUGAAAUAUAAAUACAUUUAAUGG